GUCACAGCGCCAGGCGGCGGCAGGGAGAUGCGGCUCCUGGCGCUGGCGUUGGCGGCGCUCCUGGCGCAGGCUCCGGCCCCGGAGGUCUGCGGGGCUCUCAACGUUACCGUGUCCCCAGGGCCCGUGGUUGACUACCUAGAAGGAGAAAAUGCCACUCUGCUCUGCCACGUCUCCCAGAAGAGGCGCAAGGACAGCCUCCUGGCUGUGCGCUGGCUCUUUGCACGCUCUGACUCCCAAGAGACCUUGAUGGUGAAGAUGACCAAGCUCCAGGUGGUGCAAUAUUAUGGGAACUUUAGUCGUAGUGCCAAUCGGCAGAGACUGCGCCUGCUGGAGGAGCGACGGGGAGCACUCUACCGGCUAUCUGUCCUGACCCUUCGGCCAUCGGAUCAAGGACAGUAUGUCUGCAAAGUGCAGGAGAUCAGCAAGUACAAGAACAAGUGGAAGGCCUGGUCUAAUGGAUCUUCAACAACAGAAAUGAGAGUGUUUUCCCUCAAAGCUUCAGAAGAUUCAUCCUUUGAGAAGAAGCAAAAGACCUGGGCAGUGUUUGAAGAUCUCUAUGUGUGCGCUGUCCUCGUGUGCUGUGUGGGCAUCCUCAGCGUUCUGCUCUUCACCCUGGUCAUCUUCUGCCAGUCUGUGUUUCACAAGAGGAAAUCCCGAGUGAGACAUUAUUUGGUGAAAUGUCCUCAGAACAGCUCGGGGGAGACCGUCACCAGUGUGACCAGCUUGGCCCCACUGCAGCCCAAGAAGGGCAAGAGGCGGAAGGAGAAGAAGGCCGAUGUCCCCCCUGCAGUCCCUGCCAAAGCUCCAAUAGUUGCCACGUUCCACAAACCAAAGCUGCUGAAGCCACAGAAGAGAGUCGCCCUGCCAAAGAUUGCUGAAGAAAACCUGACCUACGCGGAGCUCGAGCUGGUCAAACCACACCAGGUGCCUAAAGGCGUGCCCACCAGCACCGUGUAUGCACAGAUCCUCUUUGAGGAGAACAAGCUGUAGCUCCGCCCCCAGUUAUUUAUGAAGCCCCAGAAACAAAGCCCCUAUUUUUGUAUUAUCACUCGUGCCUUCUGUGCAGUGAGGAGCCCCUUCCCGGCUGCAUUUCAGUGCCUUCCAAGAGGUACGAGGCUGCUUCCCCGCGGAAGAGGGGUCCCAGCCCUUGGACAAACCUCUCACGACGUGCAGGCCCUAGGCUGACCCUCGGGGUCCAAGAACUCUGCUCCGAGAGCACCGGAGGACUUUGCUGAGCCAUCUUCUUCACCCUCUUGUCUUCUUUCCCUGGGUUUUAAUUGGUUCAAAUCUUUUUAAAAAAAAAAAAAAACCUUCAUUUUCUACCCUUUCUGUAUCUGUGGCACCCAGUCCUUAGAUUAUAGCUGCAGGAAGUGCCAUUAGAGGCAGAGGGUAAGAUGGCACACACAGUUUUCCAAGGUGCAGAUGACACUGCCUGGACACCAAGAAUACAGGAAACCAUGAUGGCAGCCGCACGGGAUGAUAUCUGUUGCUUUAAACAGAUGCACCAACCCUGCUAACGUUGAGAGCCGGAGUGUGACAGACCUGAGGUCUCUCCCCAGGAACCCUGGUGCCUCUCUCCUCACUCAUCAUUCUCUGAAGUUCCAGAUCCAGAAGGCGCCAUUCCAAAGCCCUGGCCUUGCAACAGGCCUGAGCCAACAGAGAAACUCACAUCUUGCCUUUUGCCAAAGAAAUAAGCUUGUGACACACUCCUAUAAUCCUAGCUAUCUGAGAGGCUGAGAACUGAGGAUCAUAGCUUGAAUCCAUCCCAGGCAAGAUCGUCUAUGGAACUCUUAUCUCUAGUUAACCACCAGAAUGACCAAGGAGAGAUAU